ACAGCCGGCUCCUGGGGGCUGGAGCGGCAGCGCCUCCAGCGGCGACAGGAAGUGACGCGACUUCCGGCGCGGGGGCGGGGCUCCGGCCUCCUUCCGGGGAGAUCAGCCGCAUGGAACCAAAGACCCUUGGAAGUGCAACGUCCCGAAAACCUGUCUUAUCGGUUAGUGCGAGAAAAAUUAAGGACAAUGCAGCCGAUUGGCAUAAUUUAAUCCUGAAGUGGGAGGCCCUUAAUGAUGCAGGCUUUGCUACUGCAAAUAACAUCGCCAACACGAAACUCAGUUUACUGAGUCAAGACAAGAUCGAGUCAGAGAGCCGCAGCCUGUCUUGCGAUGAGAAUGCCGAGCAGAGGCCGCGGGAAUACAGCGCAGAACUGGAGGCGCUGUGCGAGGAGCUGCGGGCCACGUUAGAUGGCUUGACCAAAAUACAGGUGAAAAUGGAAAAGCUGUCUUCUACCACCAAGGGAGUCUGGGAGCUGGAAAAGUACCAUCACGGGCCGGACAGCAGCCAGCCGCCCAUGUUUCACACAUGGCCCACCGCCCACUUCUACGAGGUGUCCCGCCGCCUCUCGGACAUGUACGGGGCGGAGCUGCUGCUGAAGCGCACCAUCGUGGAGGAGCUGGCGCACACCGCGGACCGCGACCUCUCCCUCACCUACCUGUCGCUGUGGCUGCACCAGCCCUACGUGCAGAGCGACAGCAGGCUGCUGCUGGAGGGCAUGCUGCUCGAGACGGGGCACCGGGCACUGUGACUCCAGGCCGCCUGCUCCCCGGCCUCCGCAGCGCCCGCCGUGGACAGUCCUGCAUGUAGGACCCAGGGCCAUGCCCCGGCCCCCUUCUUGGGGUCGUCCAGACUGGACCGGUUCACCAGCUUCUCUCGGCCUCUGCAGACGCAGUGAUGCUGCGAACUGCCUGCCACAGUGUCACGGUGCCCACGGUGAACCUGGCAUCUGGAGGACCUCGGAUGAAAUAAAUGAGUGUGAUCCUGUUUCCGUAAACCAGGUGGAUCUCACACAGGUGCCUUUGUGCAGCAGGUCCCUGGUUUUAGUUUCUACUUUAUACUUACCUGUAUUGUUUGAGUUUUUGAGACUAGUUUUAUAAUUACAGCUACUGUUUAAAACAAGUUUGCCCAGCU